AUGAGUUUUAAUCAAAGUGGAAAUAAUGUAACUAAUCAAAUACUACCUCAACAACAACAACCACCUCAAUCACAGCAGCAGCAGCAACCACAGCAACAACCUACUACAGGUCAGCAACAACUGCAGCAAUCACAACAAGGUUCGACAGUAUACACAAAGAUACUAGAUAUCAAACCUUAUGCAAAGAAUAUAAAUACUAUUUUUAUUGUUUUAGAGAAAAUGCCACCUAUAAAAAAGAAAGAUUUACUUUUAUAUCAGGUAUUGGUUGCUGAUGGCUCUGCUAGCAUCAAUAUGACAUUGUUUGAUGUCUAUGGUGAACAGGUUCAACCCGGUGAUAUUCUGAGAUUACGAGGUGGAUAUGCAUCGAUUUUUCAUGAAUCAUUAUUUUUAUAUGUUGGAAAGAGUGGAGUUAUUGAAAGAAUCGGAGAAUUUACAUUUACUUUUGUUGAAAAUCCAAAUUUGAGUGCGAAUCCAAUCGCUAAAGAUGACCCCAACAUUAAAAAUGUGCUCUCAAAACAAGGACAAAUACCAACGAUGCCAGGAAAGAUGAAACCAAUGGCCAAUCAACAGCAACAACAACAACAACAGCCAUCGAACAACCCAACACCUCCACACCAACCAAAGCAAAUAUUGUUAUUAAACCAUGCGAUAGGCGAUUAA